GUCAGGUCAUAGUUGAUGCCGACAAAAGACAAAUAUUUCAGUACGAUUAUGCGUUCGGACCAGACGCUACACAAGAAGAGGUUUAUGAGAAAUCAGUGACCAACUUGCUCGGAAAAUUUCUGGAAGGUUACAAUGUAACAAUUUUAGCCUACGGUCAAACCUCGUCUGGGAAAACGUAUACUAUGGGCACAGCUGACAAUGAUUUCAUACCUCCCGAGUCGAAGGGCAUGAUUCCUCGUACAAUAAAUACACUUUUCGAAAAAAUUGAAGCUGAACAAUGCAAAACAUCGAAAUUUUCGGUGAAGGUUUCAUUCAUUGAAAUUCACAAUGAAGAUCUAAUUGAUCUCCUUGGAGAAGGAGAAGAGUAUGAGAGGCCACCAGUCACUAUCCGAGAGGACGUCAAAGGGAAUAUAUAUUGGACCGGUUUACAGGAACUCAAAGCAAAUUCAAGUUUAGAAGGAUACGAUGGAGAAUGGGAGACAAUAACGAGCAAGUUUCACUUUGUGGAUUUGGCUGGAAGCGAGAGGUUAAAACGUACUGCUGCAAGUGGCGAUCGAGCAAAAGAGGGAAUAUCUAUAAACUCUGGAUUGCUUGCGUUAGGCAACGUUAUCUCGGCCCUUGGCGAUCCUAAUAAAACAAAACACAUGACUCACAUUCCUUAUCGGGAUUCGAAGCUUACACGUCUACUGCAAGAUUCUCUUGGUGGGAAUGCACAGACAUUAAUGAUUGCUUGCGUUUCACCUGCAGAAUUCAAUCUUAAUGAAACAAUAAACACACUCAAGUAUGCAAACCGUGCACGUAAUAUUAAAAACAUGGCUUCAGUGAACAAGGAAGAAUCCGGUUGGAAUGACGUCUCUCACCUGCAAGGCUUAGUCAUAAAACUUCGUGCAGAAGUGUCUACCCUUAAAAAUCUUCUUGCCAACGGGCAUCAUCAAUCUGGUGGUGGAAAUGUUAGUCCUGGAAGAGUCACACCCACGCCUACUACGCCCACCACACCAAAUGGAAUUAAACUACCUGGUAGAAGUAACUCGAUAUCAUCGAUUCCAGGAAGAAGUACCCCAACUUCCGGUAUUCCGGGGAGAAGCACUCCGACUUCUGGAAUUCCGGGAAGGAGCACUCCAACCGGGAUACCGGGGAGGAGCACUCCAACUACAGGAAUGCCAGGACGUAGUAUGUACAAUAACAUUGCAAAUAACAGGGAGCCAGUAAAUCGAAUGAGACCUGGAUCGCCAUUGACCACUUUCGCACAUGGUGGUAAUGUGCAAGUGCACAAGGACAAAGAAGUGGAAAUCUUGGAAGAGCAACUGAUGCAACUUCAGAGGUCAUAUGCGGAGUUAUCUCAGAAAUAUGCUAAGACUUCAGCAGAAUUAGCAAUGCACCAAAAUAAUUAUGACGAAUUGGAGAGCACUACUAAAAACGAACCACAGAUUGAGAACUAUGAAAAGAUGAUUUCGUCACUUGAGAGUAAUCUAGCUAUUACAAGUGCGGCCCUACUUCAUUCAGAGACACUUUUACGGGAACAAGAAAGUCAAAUGAAGGAGUUGGAGCAGGAAAACGAAUUAAAUAAAAAUAAUAUGAAGGAUCUUCAACAUCAAAUCAAAGAUCUCGAAUCGAAACUACAAAACCAAGAAAUUGUAGCUCGAACAAGAAUACAGAAUGACAGCUACCCCGAAAAAUUCAUAAGUGAAACUGUUCAGUUGUUGGAAAGGCGUCUAGAAGAAAAGGACACGUAUUGCGCGGAAUUAGAGGAGAAAUUAGAACGAGCCACUAAGGAUGAAAACACAAAGCAACUGAGGGAGGAACUUGACGAUCGUGAUUUUAGAAUUACUCAACUCGAGUCCAAAUUAAACCUCUUGGUCGAAGAAGUUUACAAGUUUCGGAAUAUGGAAGGUUUUCGAUAUCAAUCCGAAACUGGCCCCUUAGAUUCUACAUCUGCUUCUUCAUCGAGUUUCGACACAAUAUGA